GCCACACCCCGCCGUGGACCCUUUCUCUUCUCCGCCCUCCCUCCGAGCCCGUGCCGGGCGGCGCGCGGCCGCCCACGCCCGGAGCAUCCUCUACUGACCAGCGGGCGCCGGCGGCAUGAUGCGGCUGCGAGGCUCGGCGAUGCUGCGCGAGCUGCUCCUGCGGCCGCCCGCCGCCGCCGCCGCCGCCCUGGUCGUCGGAGCCGCCCUGCGGCGCGCGCAGCCCCUCGGCACGCUGUGCCGGCGGCCCCGGGGCGGGAGCCGGCCGGCCCCGGGCCUGGUGGCCGCCGCGCGACUCCACCCGUGGUGGGGCGGGGGCGGCCGCGCCAAGGGCCCCGGCGCCGGCGGCCUGUCCAGCUCGCCCUCGGAGAUCCUGCAGGAGCUGGGCAAGGGAGGCGCGCCGUCGCCGCCGCCCCAGCAGCAGCAGCAGCAACAGCAGCCGCAGCCCGGGGCGUCGCCGCCCGCAGCCUCGCCAGCCCCGGGCCCCAAGGACAGCCCGGGGGAGACGGACGCGUUCGGCAACAGCGAGGGCAAGGAGAUGGUGACCGCGGGCGACAAUAAAGUAAAACAGGGUCUGUUACCUAGCUUGGAAGAUUUGCUGUUCUAUACCAUUGCAGAAGGACAAGAAAAGAUACCUGUUCACAAGUUUAUUACAGCACUCAAAUCUACAGGAUUGCGAACGUCUGAUCCCAGGUUGAAAGAGUGUAUGGAUAUGUUAAGAUUAACUCUUCAGACAACGUCAGAUGGUGUCAUGCUAGACAAAGAUCUUUUUAAAAAGUGUGUUCAAAGCAACAUUGUCUUGUUAACACAAGCCUUUAGAAGAAAGUUUGUCAUUCCUGACUUUAUGUCUUUUACCUCACACAUUGAUGAGUUAUAUGAAAGCGCUAAAAAGCAGUCUGGAGGAAAGGUUGCUGAUUAUAUUCCUCAGCUGGCCAAAUUCAGUCCUGAUUUGUGGGGUGUAUCUGUCUGUACAGUAGAUGGGCAAAGGCAUUCUAUUGGAGAUACCAAAGUUCCCUUUUGUCUUCAGUCCUGUGUAAAACCCCUGAAAUACGCCAUUGCUGUGAACGAUUUGGGAACUGAGUAUGUGCAUCGCUAUGUUGGGAAAGAGCCAAGUGGAUUGAGAUUUAACAAACUGUUUUUGAAUGAAGAUGAUAAACCACAUAAUCCUAUGGUAAAUGCUGGAGCAAUUGUUGUGACUUCACUAAUAAAGCAAGGAGUAAAUAAUGCUGAGAAGUUUGACUAUGUGAUGCAAUUUUUGAAUAAGAUGGCUGGUAAUGAAUAUGUUGGAUUCAGUAAUGCAACGUUUCAGUCUGAACGAGAAAGUGGAGACCGAAAUUUUGCAAUAGGAUAUUACUUAAAAGAAAAGAAGUGUUUUCCAGAAGGCACAGACAUGGUUGGGAUACUAGAUUUUUAUUUCCAGCUGUGCUCCAUUGAAGUGACGUGCGAGUCCGCCAGUGUGAUGGCUGCGACACUGGCUAAUGGAGGCUUCUGCCCAAUCACGGGCGAGAGAGUCCUCAGUCCUGAGGCAGUGCGGAAUACACUGAGUUUGAUGCAUUCCUGUGGCAUGUAUGACUUCUCAGGGCAGUUUGCGUUCCAUGUUGGUCUACCUGCCAAAUCCGGAGUUGCUGGGGGUAUUCUUUUAGUUGUCCCCAACGUCAUGGGCAUGAUGUGCUGGUCUCCUCCUCUUGACAAGAUGGGCAACAGUGUUAAGGGAAUUCACUUCUGUCACGAUCUCGUUUCUCUGUGCAACUUCCAUAACUAUGAUAAUCUGAGACACUUUGCAAAAAAGCUUGAUCCUCGGAGAGAAGGUGGUGAUCAGAGGGUAAAGUCGGUAAUAAACCUUCUGUUUGCGGCAUAUACUGGAGAUGUGUCUGCCCUCCGGAGAUUUGCUUUGUCAGCCAUGGACAUGGAACAGAGGGACUAUGACUCCAGAACAGCACUCCAUGUAGCUGCUGCAGAGGGUCAUGUUGAAGUUGUUAAGUUUUUGCUGGAAGCCUGCAAAGUAAACCCUUUCCCCAAGGACAGGUGGAAUAACACUCCCAUGGAUGAAGCGCUGCACUUUGGACACCAUGAUGUUUUUAAAAUCCUCCAGGAAUACCAAGUCCAGUAUACACCUCAAGGGGAUUCUGACAACGGAAAGGAGAAUCAAACUGUCCACAAGAACCUUGAUGGGUUGUUAUAAUGGUCUGAAACCCCAAGACUUCAACUACUUACCUAUUUAAUUGUGGAACAUGAUUAUGAAGAACAUGUAUAUUUCUAUCUGGUAGUGAUGUGUAUUUUACAUUGUCAUUUCAGUGUUACUGGAGUUUUCUUCAUUGUGCGCACAGGACAAAUCUGAUUUCUUUGGGAAAAAAAUAGAAAUAAAACAACCUCCCUUCAUAAUGUGAGCACUAGUUACCUCGUGCGUUGUACAAUUUGAUGUAAAAGAAUAGUUACCAAUGCUAGCUGACCUGUGUGCUCUUCAUGAUUUGUGUGCUUUGUAAAUUUUCAGUCCUGGGUGGUGAUAUGCUCAUACGCAUUUAUGAGUCUCUCCACAGGAGGUCGAUGCUGUCAUUAGACAAAAACAGUGUGAUUUUCAAGACUUCCAAUAUAGGUUUAGUUCGAGUGUUUGAGCAACUGUAUGCACUUCCAUGGUUGAGUGUUUAAAAUGUCUCCUCACUUCACAGUGUGGCUCCUUAAAUAUUGAAAUAGUUACUAACUGUUCAUAGGACUUGCCAAUUCUGAUUAGAUUUUUAUCAGGGAAUCUGUUAAGAUAUGUUUGGUGACCAAAAACUUAUGUGUGAAUAUAGUUCUAGUACUUUAAAACCUUUCCUCUCUCUGUAGCCCUCAGGCCAGCCUCUCUGUGGUGUUUCCUUAGCUGGGAAGUGAGUGCUGGCAGGCUCUGCAGUUUUCACGGUUUCUCAGCCAGUCAUCAUGCCUCACAUUCCAGCAUCAGAGAAGAGCUUGGCCAUUUAUAGAAGAUGAACCAAAAUUAAGAUGUCUAAAUUAGCUGUCAGUCUCAAGAAUGAAGACAGAGCUACUGCAGAUUCCUAAGUUCUUUUUCAGCUUCUACAAUAAAGAAAAGUUCAGAGAUGCUUUCAGUUACCAAAGUUACAACGAUACAUUUAGGAACAGCUACCGACAACAUUUACUUUUAAACCCACCCCCCCCACCCCCCGUCAAAAGUCUGCGUUAGCUAGCACUCCUUUCUGGAGGGCCCCGGGCUUCCUCUGUUCCUAACCGUCCAUGGACUGGAUCAUUCAUUAUAAAUUUAGACUCAUCAUUUCUUUGUUUUGGAAAAGUAAUUUAUGAUUAACUUAGGAAACAGGUAAAAGGGACCUGAGAAAAGAACACAAUUUUCUAGGAAUUGUACCUCCAAGAGAUGAGGGGUAUGUUGGUGAGGACUUCUGAAAAUAAGCACAUGUGUGCAUACACAUACACACACAAAUGCACUUCUUGGAAACUGCUUGUGGAAUAAGCAAAAUUCUCAGCUGCACAAAUACCAGUGGCUACCACAUUACUACAGUCUCUCCUUUGACUCUCACUAUCGACACAGGUUACAUCCGAGUUUUAUGCCGCCUGACGGCACAUUACUCACUCCAGUAGCCUUCGGCUGCUUCAAUCCUGUUUUCAGCCAUCCCCUCCCGCUCUCUGGCAAGCACCUCCCUUGAUGAGACUGUGGCUAGUGUCCCUCCACUGAGCCAGGCCCCACCACCACGUUUCUAAGUUCAGAGACUCGGGGAGGAUGGUGGGUAGGCAUCCAGCCCUGCCACCGUGUUCCUGCUUCCACAGGCCUCAAGACAGGUGGUACCUGGAACGUUCCACAUAGGGGCAUCAACUCCAGAGUUAAGGAGUGAACACGUUUUAAUUGGAAUCAACUGAGAUAACACUGUUCCAAAAGCAGCUGGCAUUGUGUGGUUCAACACGUGACUUAAAUAUUGCCAGUGACUUCGAGGCUUCUCUGAAUACUAUUCUGUAUAUUGUUUGAAGACAAAAGUUGUCACCUUCUCUAAGAUCAGUGCUGUUUUGUAAAGUCUUUGUGGCUUGGUUCCUUACGCUCUUUUUCCCCCAUGCUGUUAUGACUGUAUGCCAGGUCUUGCUCUGGCUGUUUGCUAUUGGCUGAUGAUAAUGAGAACACUUUGUUUCAAUGCUUGAAUGAGCUGUUACUGCUCCCAUCAGUAAACUCCAAAGAUCUCUUUUGUUUUGGCUUUACAAUCUUGUGUAAUUUUUCGGUAUCAUGGAAACAUGACAUGGUCAUGUUGGUUUGAAGCUCUGUUUACGCUGUUUCUGCCCUCUCUGUUGUAGCACCCAUGUCUGCUGAGACACUACACCCCACCGCUGCCCACACUGCGCUUUAGCUGUACAGCUGGAUUCGCUGUCGAUCCUGCUGUCUGUCAGGGACUAGAUGAAUUUAGGUCCCUCCUGGGGAGUCCAAAGCUAUGAAUGUAUUUACUUCCAACAUUUCCCAAAAUGAAAUCUUAAAACUAUACAUUGUAAGUAUUCUGAAAUUGGAAAAUAUUUAUUUUAAAUGAGAUCAGGUAGUGUUGCUUUUUACAGCAUAAUAAAUACAUGUAUUGAAAACAA